ACAGCGCUGUUCAAAUAAUGCUAACUAAACCUGGAUUAAUUGAAAUAGUUUAGACUGUUUGGAUGUUUAUAAUUUAUGUAAAAUGUCAGAAAGUUUAUAUGAAUUAAUGAAUUUUAUUAAUGGCUUUUUUUGACUUCAAAAUACGAAACAAUUUGAAUGACACAUGAUUGCCGAAAAAUAGGCCUAUUGCUUGAAUGAGGGUUUUUAGGCGUAGAACAUGAGAAAAAUUAGAAAUGGAUGGAAAAUAUUUAGCUAAAUUACAAAGAACAUUUAUUGCUGAACCUGAUGCAGGGUUAAAUCAACGUUUGUUUUUUAGUUCUUACAGAAAAGAGAUAGUUGAUUGGCUAAAAACACGCGGCGCAAUUAUAUUUAUUUCGGUACUUGUAUUAGCAUCAUUAAUUUUAACAGUAGCUGUUUCCGUUUUAGCCUGGUCGCAUUUUAGCAAGAAUGAUGUAGGUCAAUUGUCUACAAACAAAAAACCAAACGAAGUUAAGCUUUAUUCUGACGAAGAAAACGAUUACGAUAGUACAGACUUAGAGGAUGGAAGACCUUUUGACUUUGAUCCCGACAAACCUAUUCUAUUGAAAGCAAAGCUUGACACUCCAUUAAAUUUACAACAAAAUAACGUUAAACAGAUUUUGUUAUUAAAUAAAAACUUUGAUCGUCUUAGCAGUUCUCAACCAAGUUCAAAAGUAUACAGUAAAAGUAACUACAAUAAGUACAGCGAACUACCUAAACAAAUGAACAGUGUUCUAGGAAAAAAAAGUGACACUAAUGUAGAACAAGCUUUAAAGGAACUCGGAGAAUUAAAAAUGCUUGGCGAUGAAUUAUCAAAAGUGAAUAAGCCUACGAAACCUCAAACAAACGAAGGGCUUAUUAAGUCUAUUGAUGAUAAAAUCGCCAAAACUGUCGACAAAAAUGGAGAAUUGAGACAUUCUAUCGAUACUAGUGAAACUCCACCAAUGAAGUUGUAUCGGAUAACAAACGCUGUUAAAGCUGGUGCGUUAUGUUUAGAUGGUUCACCGCCAGCGUAUUAUCACCGACCUGGUUCGGGAACUAGCGAAAACUUAUGGAUUAUUCAUUUUAAUGGUGGUGCAUGGUGUUUUGAUGCAAAAGCUUGUUUUGAAAGAAGUCAUAGUUCACUUGGUUCAACAAAAAAGCUUCCAUCUUCGCCUCCUAUUAUACAAGGAAUAAACUCCCCAGAUCCAGUAGUUAAUCCGGAUUUUUACGACUGGAAUCUUGUAUGGGUUGUAUAUUGUGAUGGAGCAUCAUUCACUGGUAAUCGAGAAAGACCAUUAAUAUCAGACUCAGGUGAAACAAUUUAUAUGCGAGGAAAGCGAGUUCUUAAUGCAAUUGUUAACGACUUGCUUUUUAAUAGAGAUUUUAAAUUCGCUGAAGCUGUAAUACUGACUGGUUCUUCAGCGGGAAGUAUGACCGCAAUUUUUCAAGCAGAUUAUAUUGCCUCAAAAUUUCCUACAACUAUUCCUGUCAGAGUAUUAUCCGAUGCUGGGUUUUUUAUUGAUACUGCUCCGAUGGGUGGAAGAAACCUAGGCUCAAUGUUUAAACGAAUAUACGAAAUGCAGAACUCUUCCUCUGGCCUUGAUCAAGAUUGUGUUCAUGAUUUAGGUCAAGAUAAUGCUUGGCAGUGCUUUCUCCCAGCAAAAAUAGUUAAAUACGUAAAAACACCAAUAUUUGUAUUAAACUCUGCUUAUGACAUUUGGGCUAUGAUAUAUUUUCUUGAUAUAGAUUGUAAAUUUCCAUCGUCGGAACAACAGUCAAGGAGAAAAAGAAGUGUUUUAAUAAAAAAUGACUCAGAGCUGGAUUCAACGGCACCAAAAAAUAUAAACAAUGACUUUAAAGAGUCUGAUUAUACUUUGCUGAAGAGAUCAUUAUCCUCAGAAUUGAAUAAAAGAAAAAAGAGGGACGUUUCUGGAUUUGAAUUACUUCCCUUUUUUAGAGACAAAACCUCAAAAAAAGAUGAAAUUGCCUCUACUUUUCCUGACGAUAAUCACACCAGUCCUAAGCCUAAUUACUUUCCUGACGAUAAUCAAACCAGUCCUAAGCCUAAUUACUUUCCUGACGAUAAUCACACCAGUCCUAAGCCUAAUUAUAAAGUUUUUGAAAAUAAAAAUAAAACAAAAGAUUUAAAUAAAAAGUUGCAAAAUUCUAUUAAAAGCACAAUUGUAAACAUGGAACUUGCGAAUCUGAAAUUUAAACCUAAAAAUAAUAAUUCUAAAGACUUACAAAAAAUGCAUCACAUCGACAUUAAGCAAAUUAGCAAUAAUAAAACAUUUUUAAAUUUGUUUAAAAAACCUUUAUCAAAACAUCCAGCGUUGGAAAGAAAAAGUGAAAACACACUAAAUAUGUCUUUUUCAUUAAUAAAAAAUGCGGAAAUUAAUAAAAAAGUUCUAACAACAAAAACACCGAGCCAUGCUAACGUGGAAGUUCGAAACCAAACUCCAAAUAAGCUUCAUUUUAUUACAAUAAAAUCUACAAUACCAAAAACCAAUAAAUACGCUACCAAUAUUUCUCAAUUUGUAAACAAUCAAGAUCAGUUGGAUUGGUCGGUCGAAGAGCAGUUGAAUACUAUUGGAUCAAAAAGACAUAACAAAGUCUUAAAACAUGAUCGUCUAAAAAGCCGUCGCUCAACAAGUAUUGCAAAAGAGUAUAUAAACAUACUUCGCUCAGAUCCCCCUGAAUGCACCGAAAGACAACUUUUAGAUGCAAUGAAGUAUCGUGGUGCUAUGAUACGAUCUACAGAAUAUUUUAUGCAUCUCCCGAAAUCAGGUCGUUUUUUAGUAUCAUGUAUUGAUCAUUCUUUAUCUUUAUUUGAUGAAACAUGGACAGGAGUGUCGGUCGAAGGCAAAUCGAUUCAGCAAGCCUUUGGAGAUUGGUUUUACGAACGGGGAAAUCGAAGCAAACAUAACUUUGUUGAUUGUCCUUAUCCUUGUAACCCGUCAUGUCCAUAGAUGUAUAUAUAGUCCUGUUAUUAGUUAUGAGUGAUAUUUAUGUUUACCAAAAUAGUAGUUUUCCAAAGAAGCUUUUUAAAAUAA